GCAGCCUCGGAAUGUCUCCGCAACGGCUAAGUACCAAUCGAAGUUAAAAGAGGCGGCUUCCUUGGCGGCAAAGCUUCGUGCCAGCCUCCUGCCGUACACCUUGACCGCCCUGUACCAGAGCCACAAGACGGGGGCCAUGCUAGCGCGACCAUUGUUCUUCGAGUUUCCAAUCGACAACAACGUCCAUGCCUAUACAAGACAAUUUAUGUAUGGACCACAUCUAUUAGUUGUCCCAGGAACGAAGUUGCGCGCAUCCUCGAAGCUCCUGAAAGUCUAUUUCCCGAGGGGCGUCUGGUACGAGCCACGCAGAGGCCACCGAAUCCAAAGCCUCGGCCAAGAAUUCUUCGUGCCGGAAUCGAAGCACUCUUUGACACCUUUCUUCGCACGAGCAGGCAGCAUCGUGCCUUUAGCGAUAACAGGAGGGAUUCGGCUCCAGGUAUUUCUGGACAACGACGAACAGGCUGCUGGCGACUUGUUCCAGCUGCCGCCGAAGGAGCCAGCUUGCUGA